AAACUGCCUGGGUGGGGCUCGGCGGAGGGAAGGGGCUUCCGAAGACCCGGCGCGAGGUUCGUCCCCUCGGCGGAGAGAGCGGGAGAGCUGCGCCGAAAGGCCUGGCGGGCGAAGUGGAGCGAAGCCGAGGGGCGGGUUUGGGCUUUUUGCCCCCGAAGCGCCGGGGGCACAAAAAUUGAGCAAUGAAUAAAUUACGGCAGAGCUUCAGGAGAAAGAAAGAUGUCUACGUUCCUGAAGCCAGUAGGCCACACCAAUGGCAGACAGAUGAAGAAGGGGUUCGAACUGGGAAAUGCAGCUUCCCGGUUAAGUAUCUGGGACAUGUAGAAGUGGAUGAAUCCAGAGGAAUGCAUAUAUGUGAAGAUGCUGUGAAAAGACUAAAAGCUGAAAGGAAGUUCUUCAAAGGCUUCUUUGGAAAAAGUGGAAAGAAGGCAGUUAAAGCAGUCCUGUGGGUUUCUGCAGAUGGACUCAGAGUUGUGGAUGAGAAAACAAAGGAUCUUAUAGUUGAUCAGACAAUAGAGAAGGUCUCCUUCUGUGCUCCAGAUAGGAAUUUUGACCGAGCAUUUUCCUACAUAUGUCGAGAUGGUACUACAAGACGUUGGAUAUGUCAUUGCUUUAUGGCUGUAAAGGACACAGGAGAGAGGUUGAGUCAUGCAGUUGGCUGUGCGUUUGCAGCAUGUUUGGAGCGAAAGCAAAAGAGAGAGAAAGAAUGUGGGGUGACAGCCACCUUUGAUGCCAGUAGAACCACUUUCACAAGGGAGGGGUCUUUCAGGGUUACUACGGCAACUGAACAAGCAGAAAGAGAGGAAGUCAUGAGACAAAUACAAGACAUCAAAGUUGAAACAGAUGUGAAAACAACUGCUUCAAGUGUUGUACCUGGCAACACAGCUCCAUCUCCAAGUUCGCCCACUUCUCCUCCUGCUGAAGUGGCAACUUCUGCUGACAAAGAAUCCGGCAAUCCUCAUGCCAUCCCUCGGCGGCAUGCUCCCAUUGAACAGCUGGCCAGGCAGGGCUCUUUCCGAGGAUUCCCUGCUCUCAGCCAGAAGAUGUCUCCAUUUAAACGCCAGCUUUCUCUACGAAUCAAUGAGUUGCCCUCCACAAUGCAAAGGAAGACUGACUUCCCUAUGAAAAACUCAGUUCCUGAGUCUGAAGGAGAAGUCGAUAGCAUUAGUUCAUUGUGCUCCCAGAUUACAAAUGCCUUUAGCACACCAUCUGAGGAUCCUUUCUCCUCUGCUCCAAUGACAAAGCCAGUAACGGUGGUUGCACCACAGUCGCCAGCUUUUCAAGUAAAUGGCAUUGCCUCUGCCUUCCAUGUGUUUGCUGAUAAACCAGCUCAAACUACUAUAGCAUCUACAGCAAUACCACUUCGUGAAACCAAUCCCUGGGCUCAGUCCCCUGCUGCUCCAGCUGUUGCUAAAACUGGAGCUGUAGCUUCUCCUUCUGGUGCCGACUGGAGUGCUGACUCAGGAGCUGCCUCUCCGAAUGUGUUUCAGGCGAGUCACAGACGCACUCCCUCGGAGGCAGACCGUUGGUUGGAAGAAGUAUCUAAAACUGUCCGGUCUCAGCAGCCUCAGGUGCAAUCCCAGCCUCCAGCUCCCCAGCCACUCCUCCAGCCUCCUACGGUGGUUUCUCAGGCAGCACCAGCUUUUCCAGGCGGCACCUUCAUUGCACCUCCACCAGUGCCUAUUGGGGUGGUGCAGCCCAUGCAGCCUACGUUUAUCCAGGCGCAGCCGUAUGCUGUCGCAAAUGGAAUGCCCUAUUCAGCUCCCAGUGUAACCAUGAUUGGAAUCACCCCUUCCCAGAUGGUAGCCAAUGUCUUUGGCACUGCAGGUCAUAGCCAAAUGUCCCAUGCUCAUCAGUCACCCAGUCUUAUAAAGCAGCAGACAUUUCCUCAAUAUGAAACUAAUAGCGCUACUGCCAGCCCUUUCUUUAAACCCCCUGCCCAGCAGCUCAAUGGCUCUGCUGCUUUCAAUGGUGCGGACCCUGCCAAGUGGCCCACAGAGGACAAACAUGUGCUUCCACCUGGAGCUGGCCAGCAAGUGGAUCCGUUUGAAGCACAGUGGGCAGCACUGGAGAGUAAAUCCAAACAACGUACUAAUCCAUCUCCAACUAACCCUUUCUCCAGUGAACUACAGAAGACCUUUGAGAUAGAACUCUAAGCAGUCCUUUGGCUUGUACUUCAUCUCUGUGUAUAUGUGUGUUGGCAUUGGAUGUAAGAGUAUACCAGAGGCAGCAUUUUUUAAUCACUCAUGUCCCUCUCUUUGGAAUUAGGUUGGGGGUAGAGAGAGAGGACACUCAUGGAAGGAGGCUCCUAAGCCCAGCCUUUUGGGGUAUAAUCCAGGUAACAUACCCUUGCCACCUGUUUGGGAACUUGAAUGGCAAAAGGAAUCUGAAAAGGGCUGAAGAAGGGAGUUGAGCCUGAAGCCUUUUUUCCACAGAAACUUCAGGAAACCUCACAAGCUGAAAAGCAAAUGACUCACCACUAUCUUAAGAAUGUGUCUACCUUCCUGUGAAUGGUCCGUUCCCUUGUGGCGAAGGGAGGGCUUGGGGAAUUGGGGCCCAGUAAUGAAUGGGCUGGUGGAGAAAUCCUGAGAGCUGCUGAGACUAUGCUGUCAGUUGGAAAAGGAUGAGCUUCCAUUUCAAGUAAUUAUAUAUAGAAUAAAGCCAAAAUCUUUAUUUUUAUGCAUUUUAGAUUAUUUUAAAUAGUUCUAGUUAUUGAAAGUCGAAUGAGUUGUAAGUAAUCUUGCCAAAGUUAUAAAAGGGGGUUGGAUGUAAAAUUGUACAUAAGAUUGAUUUAUCACUGAUUCUUACAGUCAGUAAUAUGGGAAUAGGGUAGGGAGCAGAGUUCCUAGCUUGUCCCUGUCUGUAUCAUUGUAAGUAGCAUAUUGCAACUACAAUCAUGAAUCAUGACCAAUUUUUUUAAAAAAUCAUUGUAGAGUAGUGUUAAGAACAGUAUUGUCUUGGUUUGAAAACAAUUGGUAAAUUUUAUCUUUUUUUAAGCAAUCAAACUAGAUAUUAGAAUUCAUAUAGGUUAUUUCAUGUACUGCUGCAGUUUAUUUGUCUUACUUCUCUUUUAACACUACUGUGACAACUGUAAUUAUAUUUACAAUCAGGUCUACUUAUGAACCCAUUUUAGGUGAAUUAAAUAGAGUUUAGAUUUUUUUUUAAAAUGCUUUUCCCAUUGUUAUAUGUGAAAGCUUAUAGCAAGACUGCAGCUAUUCCAUGUCUUUCCUCUGGCAAAUCAUGAAGUCCAUCUCAUUUUUAAUUUUACUCUUAAAACUUGGCCUUACAAGCAAAUGUAAGUUAUAUAUUUGUACUGAUGAUUUAUAAUCUGCUUUAACAGAAAUAAAUGUUGGUAGUAGAUUAUGUGUCUUUCUCAACAGGUUUCCUUGUUUUCCUGCAACCAGUUUGAUCUCCAUUUCAUUUGGUGUAUAGAUCACCAAAUUUUAAAUGUUUGAUCUACUAAUAACAGGGCAAGAUAUAUAUUUUCAUUUGCAUCUAUUGCUUAAAAGCAGGAAAUGCAACUUCUGGAAUUUCAACUUGCUUUUAUUUUGAAACUUGUAUUAUAUUUCUUAUGUCCCCAGAAGAAUGUGGUUCCAAGAAAUUGCCACAUUUCCCAUUAAGGGAUUAUCACCGUAUUAUUCAGAAAUAGCCCUGGAGAACUUUGUAUUUGUUCUACAGCACUGUUCGUUGUCUAGAGACAAACUGGUUUUUGCUCAGUUUUAGUGUGUCUUAGUGCAUAAUGGAACUUAAUGGUAUUGCUGUUUAAAGUUACAGUACUUAAGUGGUUUGUUUCAGUACAAAGCAUGCUUACUCUAAAACAAAGCUACCUCAAAUGCAAGUGCAUGUAUGGUGGAUGUAUGAAUUUGGACUAUGCCAUACUGCACUUGAGUAAAAAUCCCUUUCACUCUUUU